AUGGCGGGAGACCACUUGAUGCCCACGGUGCGCUAUGAGAAGAAGCACAAGGUGACUGUGGUAGGAUCUGGUAACUGGGGCUCAACCAUUUCCAAGAUUGUCGCCGAAAAUGCAAAGGCCCACCCCCACCUCUUCGAGACUGAGGUGCACAUGUGGGUACACGAAGAAGAAGUAGUCAUUGGCGAAGACUCGAAGCAUUACGACCCCGCCGUUGGCGACAAGCCUCAGAAGCUCUCGUCGGUUAUCAACAAGUACCAUGAGAAUGUCAAGUACCUCCCCAACAUCCGCCUCCCUGACAACCUCAUCGCCAACCCCUCUCUGGCCGAUGCCGCCGCCGGCUCCAGCAUCCUCGUCUUCAACCUCCCUCACCAGUUUAUCGGCAAUGCCUGCAAGACUCUCAACGGCAAGAUUCUUCCCUUUGCCCGCGGCAUCAGCUGUAUCAAGGGCGUUAACGUGUCGGACGAGGGCAUCGCUCUGUUUUCGGAGUGGAUCGGAGAAGGUCUGGGCAUCUACUGUGGCGCGCUGAGCGGUGCCAACAUUGCUAGUGAGAUCGCGGCUGAGAAAUGGUCCGGCUCGCCUGCCGGCAACGGAGCUAGCCCCACCGGCUCCAACGGCUCGAAUGGCGCAAAUGGCCUCUCCCUGGAACACAAGGACGCUCGAGGCCGUACCUCCAAGGUUCGGCUUACACCCGUGCCCCCCGAGUACCCGCCCCUCGACCACGAGACAUUUAAGCAUCUCUUCCACCGACCCUACUUCCACAACAUUGUCGCGCUCGCCGCCGGUUUCGUCGUCGGCCGCGGCUGGGGUGACAAUGCCAAGUCGGAGAUUAUCCGCGUUGGCCUCCUCGAGAUGAUUCGAUUUGGCAAGGAGUUCUUUGGCGCAACCAUCCAUGCCGAGACAUUCACCGAAGAGAGUGCGGGUGUGGCUGAUCUCGUUACCAGUUGCAGCAGUGGCCGUAACUUUAAGUGCGCUAGGCUCGCUGUCGAGCGUGGUGUCACGGUUCAGGAGAUUGAGCGAACAGAGCUCAACGGCCAGAUGCUUCAGGGUACUAGCACCGCCCAUGAGGUAAACAGCUUCCUCAAGGCCAAGGGCCUUGAGAGCCAGUACCCUCUCUUUACUACCGUUUGCAACAUCCUCGAGGGCCGCUGCACCGUUGACGACAUUCCCAGCCUUGUCUCGCCCUAG